GGGCCCGGCGGCGACGUCACCCAUUGUUUACAAAUCAACCCGAGCCGGUAGGAUUCCGGCUCCCGCGGCUGCAGGCGCGCGGCGCGAGUGCCCGGCGAGUGGUGGCUUCCGCGUCCGCCCCGGUCCCGGCUUCGGCUUCAGCACCGCGCCCGGCUCCGCCGCGGCCCACCGAGCCCCGCAGGCAGCCGAGCUGCCAGCGACGCCCGCAGAGCUCCGGGUGCCCGGGCGGGGGGCCAUGCCGUGCCGGAGGGAGGAGGAAGAGGAAGCCGGCGAGGAAGCGGAGGGGGAGGAAGAGGAGGAGGACGACGACAGCUUCCUCCUGCUGGAGCAGUCGGUGACGCUGGGCGGCUCGGGCGAGGUUGACCGGCUGGUGGCCCAGAUCGCCCUGCGCUGCGCCCUCGGGGACCGCGGCCGCGUGCGGGGCCGGGCUGCGCCCUACUUUGUGGCCGAGCUCGCCGCAGGCCCCUGCGCGCUGUCCCCACUACCCCCUCAGCCUGGCCUUGAUGGGCCUUCGGGAGGCGACAAGCGGAGUGCCCCACAGCCGCUGUCGGGCCCGUGCCGGCGAGGAUGGCUGCGGGGCGCCGCCGCCUCCCGCCGCCUGCAGCAGCGACGCGGGCCUCAGCCAGAAGCCCGCACCGGCGACGACGACCCGCACCGGCUCCUGCAGCAGCUCGUGCUCUCGGGGAACCUCAUCAAGGAGGCCGUGCGGAGGCUUCAUUCGCGACGGCUGCAGUUGCGCGCAAAGCUUCCCCAACGCCAGCUCCUGGAGCCUCUAUCGGCCCCAGUACCUGAGCCCCCUUCGCCCCGCAGCCCUCGCGCGGCCUGCAGCGACCCUGGCGCGUCCGGCAGGAGGGCGCAGCUCAAAACUGGGGACGGUGUUCUUGUCCCCGGCAGCUAACACCGCGGGAAUGGCCACAGCAGCAGCCUCUGCCUGGAGGGCAAGGGGUUCCCUUGAGGACUGUAUCCCUACUCAGACUCG